UCUCCGACUCGGUCUGUGUGGUUACGAGUUCGAGCCAAGGGACUCUUGCUAGCGCUGUUUUCAAAGUCUGGAAUUGAUUUUCAUGGGGAGUAUCCUUUCGCUUGCCUUUCAACCUAUGGAUUUAUCGGAGCAUUCUUGCUCCGCUUAAACGUAGCAGCCGAGCGACGGUUCUCACCUUUCUUCCCGUCUUUUCCCCCCAGUCGCUCAAGACCGCGAUCUCUGCCUCCGCCGGUGCUUCUCAAACAGCGGGCGCUUGCGGACCGGUUUCUGACGGAGCGAACUGGCAGAAGUGCGCUCUUAGUCGGAUACAAAUCUAAAGCGAGGAUUCGCCUUUUUAGAUGCAGAUGUAAUUUCCCCCCCCCUUUUUUAUUGAACUGAUUCGGAUUUCAAUCGGCGAAACUGAGCUUUCAUUGUUUUUUUUUAUAUUUCUCCUAAGGGAAUUUUGUUUCACGGAUUUGACAGCGAAUUGGGCUCGUUCACAAGAAUUACCCUGAAGGAGAACUGCAAGCCCUACCCCCCUGACCCCCACAGUCCGGGAUGAGCGGAGUCUGGAGGUGGUUGCUGAGCGCCUGCCUGCUCGGGACCACGACCCACGGCAGCAACCCCUUUGCGGGACAGCAGACCCCGCCAGACCCCUGCUACGACGACAACGGGGCAGCCCGCCGCUGCAUCCCCGAGUUUAUCAAUGCAGCGUUCGGCAAGGAGGUCCAGGUGUCCAGCACCUGCGGCCGUCCCCCGUCCCGUUCCUGCAGCGUGCUGGAGCGCGAGGAUCGCCCGUCCGUCCGCACCUGCCAGAUCUGCGACGCCUCGGACCCCCGCCGGGCCCACCCGGCCUCCUUCCUCACCGACCUGAACUCGGCGCACAACGUCACCUGCUGGCAGUCGGAAAACCUGCACUCCUCGCCCCACAACGUCACCCUCACCCUCUCCCUGGGGAAGAAGUUCGAGAUCACCUACGUCAGCCUGCAGUUCUGCUCCCCGCGGCCCGAGUCCCUCGCCAUCUACAAGAGCAUGGACUACGGCAAGAGCUGGACCCCCUACCAGUUCUACUCCUCCCAGUGCCGCCGCAUGUACAACCGGCCCAACAAGGCCGUGAUCACCAAGCAGAACGAACAGGAGGCCCUCUGCACGGACGGGCACACCGACCUCUACCCGCUCUCGGGGGGGCUCAUUGCCUUCAGCACCCUGGACGGCCGCCCCUCGGGCAAGGACUUCGACAACAGCCCCGUGCUUCAGGACUGGGUGACGGUGACGGACAUCCGCGUGGUCUUCAGCCGGCCCCAGCUGCCCCGCGAGCUGGGCGGCGACCGGGGGGAGGACUCGGCGGCGUACUACUACGCGGUGGGGGACUUCCAGGUGGGCGGGAGGUGCAAGUGCAACGGGCACGCCUCGCGGUGCCUCAAGGACAAGGAGGGGAAGCUGGUGUGCGACUGCAAGCACAACACCGAGGGGCCCGAAUGCGACCGCUGCAAGCCCUUCCACUACGACCGGCCCUGGCAGAGGGCCAGCGCCCGCGAGGCCAACGAGUGUCUCCCCUGUAACUGUAACCUGCACGCCCGCCGCUGUCGCUUCAACAUGGAGCUCUACAAGCUGUCCGGGAGGAAAAGCGGAGGAGUGUGCAUGAACUGCCGGCACAACACCGCCGGCCGGCACUGCCACUACUGCAAGGAGGGCUUCUAUCGCGACCUGGCGCGGCCCAUCACCCACAGGAAAGCCUGCAAGGCCUGUGACUGCCACCCAGUGGGCGCCGCCGGCAAGACCUGCAACCAGACGACGGGGCAGUGCCCGUGCAAGGAUGGGGUGACGGGCAUCACCUGCAACCGCUGUGCCAAGGGCUACCAGCAAAGCCGCUCCCCGGUAGCUCCUUGCAUCAAGAUCCCGGUAGUGAACCCCACUGCAGUGAUCAGCAGCACAGAGGAACCCGCAGAUUGCGAAUCAUACUGCAAACCAGUGAAAGGAAACCUGAAGAUCAAUAUGAAAAAAUACUGCAAGAAGGACUAUGCGGUCCAGGUAAAUGUCCUGGACAUGGAGACGGUGGGUGACUGGGCCAAGUUCUCCGUCAACAUAGUUUCGGUCUACAAGAGUCGGGGGGAGCCCCUCAAGAGAGGCGACCACUUCCUGUGGAUCCACAUGAAGGACCUGGCCUGCAAGUGCCCCAAGAUCCAGAUGAGCAAGAGGUACCUGGUGAUGGGCACCAGCGAGGGCGGAGCCGAGCGGGCAGGGCUGCUGGCCGACAAGAACAGCCUGGUCAUCCAGUGGAGGGACGUUUGGACACGGAGGCUCCGCAAAUUCCAGCGCAAGGAAAAGAAGGGCAAGUGCAACAAGGCAUGAUGGGACAGCGCGUCCUCCCUGGUUCCCUUUCGUGCCAAAACAGGAAGACAAUGGUGAUUCGGGGAGCUCACCUACAUGAGACUGCAUGUGUCUUGCCAUUAAGGACCACUUUGUAUAUUGUAAUUUUUCCUUUUUUUUUUGAGCGCGAUUUUCUUUUUUUUUAACGAUUGGUCUGCCUUGAAAAGGGACCGUUAAAAAGGGUACGUUGCGAAAACCAGAGCUGUUCCCAUCCUUCCUGACAACGACAGCAGAAAACGUCCACUUUUCUGUACAGACUUUUCUCUCUCCUGAUUCGUAAAGUAUAUAUGUAUAUAUAUUGCUUGUGGUUUGGUUGUCCGUGGUCAAGAAAACGAAAGAAAAGCAUUGCAGUGAGUAGUUCGCCAAGGGAGGCUGUAAAAUCAGUCUUGGUAAGACUGCUUGGACCCAUUGUUCACGUUUCUCUUCCUUCUGUUGGGGAGAGCUGGUAAUGCCACCAUCUACGUUGAUACCCGUUUGUGAAUGCGGAUGUCGGGAUAGAAUGAGAGGGUUGGAGAGGAAAUGGUUUUGACUUGUUUUUACACGGAAUCACACUGCGCUGUUGCAUCAGAAAUUAGUCCUGUUGCACAAGUAGUCCUAUUCUGUAGACUAAUGGACAGUUGGAGAAGGAGGCUUAGAGAAGGAUCUUGGACUGAGCGUCCUUGCUAAGAGCAACGGCACGGUCUCUCACUUUUCAGACAAGCGCACCAGGGAAAUAUCAUGAAUGUAACACUUAAUGAUCCCAGUGGCCUGGAGUGCUUGUGCAGGGCCCUUCCCAUGAGCCCGGGUGGUUCCCUCAUUUGAUCGAACCACCUUGUUAAAAUGGAUUCCAACCUGUUGCUGAUCCAAGGAUCUGAACACUAACAACAUGAGUCGGCCUUGCUGGUCCCACAGCUUCCUCUUCGCUAUGAACUCAGUGUUUUAUUUCUCUGUCAUCGCCGACAGCACACUGGUUCCUUCAGCACUGGAAACCCUGCACAUCUGUAUAACUCCAUCCCUUCCUUUAGAUUUCCUUUUGUUGGUUGCUUUUCAUCCUUACUUUCACCUGGCCCAGAAAACUGUGGCAUUUUCUUCAUCUCUUUUCAGAGGUGUUUUGUUAGUGUCUGUACGUUUAAGGGUGUAAAGCCCCACUUUCAAACCACCCAUUCAUUCAUCCCUGAUCGGAAAGCUGAGUAUUCUCGGCAAGGGUCAGAACAGCUUGGAGCCCUUCCAGGUAGCACUCCUCACACCAAUAUGCUUCCUGCAGCCUAACCAAGGAAAACAAGUUAUAAUAUUCUCGUUAGGAAAGUUCUCUCUUGCAGGACUUCAUGCAGUUUUGGCUCAAUCCCACUUGUCCAAACCCACUUUUGGUUAUAACCGUAACAGGCAUCUGACGGAACAUAAGUUGCGAUAGGCUGGUUGAUCCCUAACUCUGUUCGAACAAACUCUAAACAGAAGUUUCGAAACUCCAGGAAAUGAGCUGCCGAUCUGUCAUCUGUGUAUAAGCCCUUGUAAAUUAAGCCAUUUUGGAGAAAUGCUUACAAAUGAUUUUCUUAAAUGUGAGACUGAGGACAAGAAUCUGCAGAAUGUAAAUCCGGCCUUGUUUGUGGCAGAGUUUAAGAGUGGCUUUGCUGCAUGCUUACAGGUUAUGCUGGUUGCAUGUUUUACCUUGCUGUCCUAUUGGGCAUUUUUAUUGGAAUGUAAUGUUUUCUUCUAAAACUGGGAAACAGCUCAUAGAGAGUUAGAAGCUCAGCUUUGUCAGUUCUUUAAAACACAGACAGAUACAGUACAGAGCAAUAAAGGAUCUAAUCCGAGUCCUCUCCCCUGUAGGGACUUGAAGCUGUUGGCAUGUGCUCAUAUUUUACCUGAAAGAAGAAAAAAAACUGUUUUUGCAGAGAAGCUGAGUUUAAAAAUUCAAUUCUGAAAUAAAAUUCAAGAUGGUGCCAAACUGGACACCUCGAAAGUCAUUGACUGUUUUAUUUUCAGAGGUAAUUAAAACCUCAGUUUUUUUAAAAAAAGAAUGUACAAAAACUGCAAGUACAGUUGUUCUGCAAUACUCUGUUAUUGUCGUGUCUAUACAAUUCAGUUUGUGCUAUUAGUUUACUAUUUUGGCACUGGUACUCUGUUUAGUUUGUACAUUUUCCAGGCCCUCCACAAACACAUUUUUACAAAGAUGUCAGACCUCUGUUCCCAUUCCUGACAGAAGCGCGCUGAAGAUGUUUUUAAGUGUAUAGAAAUGAGCGGGCCCUAGUCAUCUAACCCUGUGUCUUGUUUUUAUUUCCUUAAGAAUGUAUAAAGAAAACAACCGCGAGAUAAUGCAAUAUUAAAUCAGAUUAUACCAUUAAGCUAAGCACGGUUAAGCAGUUGGACAGCCAUCAGAUACAUUCCUAUGUGCAAGUCAUUUUUAUACCGUUAAGAAUGUUGGUGAGAAGGCCGAUAUCUUGUCUAACUUGUAAAAGUUGUUCUUCUUCCUGCUGCCAGGCAGUGUGGUUCAGACAUUGGUCAAAACUGUAGGUCGUCUAGCCAAGUAUAUGUUUUUUCUGAAUCUGAUGUUUGAAAGGGGUGUUCAUUCGUUUUUCCAGCAUCUCGAAAGAUACAACUUCGUACCCUUUCUCCAGUCAUUCUGUAUGUUUAAAUAUUUAUGCUGGUCUACUGAAUAAAAGUAUAAGGCAGUGUAUAUAUAUAUAAUAUCCAGCUUAUCCAUAGAAUUAUUUACCAGUGUAUAAAUCUUUGGAACUGGCAUGAAAUCUGACCCUCUCUAUCUUUACCAGUUUGCAGUCAAGCCAAAACAAUUUCGAAAACAAAAUCUCCCCGGCUUGUUCAUAGUAUAGAGCAGAAAUUUGGCAGCAGCACAUGAACCACAGCCACUUGAAAAAUAUUAGUCAUUUUAUUUUUUAUUGAAAAUGGCAUUAUGUGAGGGGAUACAUUUUCCUCAUGCAGUGCAGAAUCAAAUGCUAGGAUAUUUUUGUAUAGGCCAUAUUGCCAAAAGUUCCUGUCCUAUUGCAAUGAGUGCUCUGCACAGAUGUUUAAUACAAACUCUUUCUAUCCUGGGCUGUAUCAUUACCUGACUAUGAGUGGGACUGUUCAACUGACCAAACAACCUUUGGCCUCAGCUGAGCUGCUGCAGGGUGUUGCGAUGACAUCAGUGUGCAAAGACUUGCUCCUCCAUUCAGACCUAACUCACCUGUAGGGCACUGUGGAGCUCACAAUGUGUCAGUGUGUCAGACAGUAACCAGUUGUGUCUUGUGCCUAGAAUGUUAGGCCAAUAUCAUUGUCAAAGAAAAUGCUUUGAAUGCUGAUCUGUUCAAGGGGAUAUACAGAAGCUGUUUACUUUGUUGUAGUCACCAAGUUGACUUACAUUCAGCAAGACAGAAGGGCCACUCACUCUCCUUUGUUUUGAGGUUUUUCUGUGAAUUUGUCCUGUUUUUAGACUUGGAGACAAAAAUUCCACCCUUGCAAUCUUGAACUAUAUGCCUGUACAAGAGUUAAAAUGGCUGGAUUUUUUUUAGGACCUUGUUAUGAGAACAUAUACCAGUUUCAAAUGAGAAGAAGCCAUUCAGCCCAUGUAGCCCAUUUGGUAGUUAGUAGCUAAUUGACCCAAGGAUCUCACCCAACCUUUUCUUGAAAGAUGCCAACAUAUCAGCUUCACCAACACUAUUUCUAGUUUCAAGUUUCCCACACCCCCAACACUCUCCUGUUGCACAACCCCUCUGAGCCCAGAAUAAUGUGGUCACCUUUGGGUUUGAUGGCUUAUAAGAAUAAGGGCCGUUUUAUAGCUUCAUCUUUUCCUUCAACUUUAUAUCCAAAAACACAUUUAUGAAUGCACUAGAAAUUGUAUUAUUGAGAACACUGAGCUGUGUGCUAUACCAACCUAAGAGUAUAAGGUGGAAUAGUUUCUUUGCACUGUGCUUUGGGCUUGAAUAGUUCUGUGUUUAUCGACACACUUUUCUUUAAACCAUAAUUGCUGAUGUUUAAGCAAUCUCCAUGUCCGUUUACCAAGUAAAGAAUAUUCAAAACUGGUGGUUUUAGAAGUACAGUAGUUUUGUUUUUGCCCAAAUCACUAAAAUUAUAACACUGGAUUUUUUUAAAUGCACAUCACAUACAAGGGGAUAUGUGGUUGGGUUCAAAUAAUCAAAGCUUAAAGCUUGAUGGAAGAACUUACUACUUAUGUACUUAGUGCAAGACAGUGUCUUCAGGAAGCUUUCUCUGCUUUGGCUAUGACUGGGGUUUAGCUCUAUGUACACUUUGUGUUUUAAUCUGCUUUUUUAGCCAAUUAUCAUGGAUAUCAACAGUGUGAAAAAAAGUGUCACUCACAUUAAAAAUGCAAUACCCUUUAGAGUUAAAUAGUAUGUAAUCUCUCUUUGUAUUGUAAUCGUCAUUAGCAUCUAUUUCUAGAUGCUAAUGAAGUGAUCCUUUAUCUACAGUAAGAUUUUAGUGACAGCUGUGAUGCCAGGUACUCAGAGCUGCAUGCCUGCGUGAUUCACAGGGAUCUUCCAUUGAUUGAGACAAGCGAGAGAUCGGGCAUAUUAACUAAUUCGAUCAAUGUCCAGGCAGUAAUUGGAAUUAAAUCUAGGGGUCCCUGGAGCUUGUAUAGGUUGUGGGUUGGUGUGCUGGUCCGAGUUUUUCUUUUUUGAGGAGGGGCAAAGAUGAAAAAGAUGGAGCAGUCCUGAUGGAGAACAGUGCCAGAUAGGUCAGCGAUAAUGAUAUGUUGUACUGUAGUGGUCUAAUGGUACAGAGUGUGGCUCUGGGUUCCCAGGGUAAAACUAAGCAGGCCAGAAUGAUGGGGUUGCUGUCCGGGGGCCUCUGAUGAAGGAGACGGGACUGAGAAUGUAGUAUCAUUAGUAAUCACUAGGGGUAUGACUGCACAGGAAGACAGGAAGUCUUUUGCAUUCUAUAUUAAGAAUACUCUAUACUAAUAACAUUCUAUAUUAAAAACAUAUAGAAUAUUAAAAAUGCAGCAACAGUGCUUGUAAAUUAAGUUAGAUUUACGGUGCUACAUUCAGUAAGAUGCAUAGAAAACCAAAAAUUACAACUUUUCCACCACAGUUUAAUGGGCUCCUGUUUGUAAUGAACGGAGGCGAGACACCUGUUGUUUGGACUAAGGAAAAACCAAAACAGCUUGACAGUUUAAUUUAAGGCUUAACAAGUUUUCUUAAACGCUUUUUUUUUUCCUGCUAGUUUUUGUAACACUUGCAGGUGUGUGUCUCUCGUUAUAAAAACAGGAGUGAAAUCAUUACGAGAGACAGAUGACUAGACGGAGUGGGGGGGGGAGGUCUCGUGGCCUCUUUGUGAAAGGGGUUUAAGAAGAGAGGAAGCUCUUUCCAGGACAGCUUCUUCACCUCUGAUAAUUUUACGUUUGUUGUUGUUUUUUUUAACUCACACAAAAUCUGUGCCGCCUUCUCCUGGCACCAAAUAAACAGUGGAAGCAAGUCGGGGAAAAAAUGUUUCAAAAGUGAGGAAAAAAAAGUUGCUCUUUUCCAAAGGUUUCCAAAUAUUUACCAUCCUACAGUGAAAACAGUACAGUUAACUAAUGAAUGGGUGAGAAAUAUAGUGCUACAGUGAAAUAUUAUAUGAACAGUGGGAAAAUAAAGCUAUAUCUUGAUAAAAUCACAAGGAAAUUACAAAUGUACAAUUUAAAUGCACUCCAGUGAGGCAACCUACCUUAUUUAUCUAAAAUUUAACACAUUUUACGGUUCUAUCCAGGUAGAACCGUGAGAAAAGUGUUCCCUUUGGAGCACGCAAAAAGAAAAUUUCCUACCUCUUCUAUUCCAUUAAGCCUGGUUGUAUGAGAGAAGCCUCUGGGGCCAUACAAAAGCAGGGGCUUGUGGACAGGUGAGUAAGGAGGUGAGGUGAUGGAAGAAGAAAGAGACGAUGUGAAGGUUAUUAGGAACUUCAUCACAGUUUCACGGAGUAGUUAGAGGCUUAUUCUGUUGUUGAUUUCUACGGUUGAAGGUGAACCUUCCGUUUGCAACCUGUGACUCCUGUUGAGCCACAAAAGGUCCAUAUUUAACAUGAAUUCAUAUAUUUUCUUUAGAAAUUCAUAAUUGGAACUAGGAAGAAUGGUGUUAUUUGUAACAUCAGCUUCUUGGCAUUAGAGUGCUCUAACACUCUGGUGCAGUGAGCUCUCUUUCACACAAAACACCGCUACGGUGUUUCCGAAUCUAACCAGACAGAAAUAUUUGUACUUUCCUAUUUUCUUGCCUGUCUCUUUGGGUUUAUAGUGCAGGGUUAACCAAGAGAAGCCAGGGAACCCUGCAAAGAAAAUAUGAACAAUUCUUUUGUCAAAAAAGGAUGAGGAUUCUCUUAAAUUGUGACACAUUAUCACUUUGUGGAUCUUUAGAGGCAACCAAUUAGCCACUGAUAGAACCGUACCUAAAAGUCCAUGCGGAGGUGGUAUGAAACAGUCGCUACGCAAAUGUUUCUGGAGGAGACAGAAGUCCAGGCGUCUGCUGGGAGUCUACUUUCAGUUUACUGCAGCAUAACUGGUUCAUUCAAAGAUAAACGAACAUGUAAAAAUGAAAAGUCGAUCUUUAUCGCAGAAGGAUCAAGGUGGCUUCUACUUUAUUUUGUUUUUCUGAGCCUUAUAACAACUUUGCUGAUUUGUCUGUAAUGUUGUAAAUAUGUCCGACUAUUAACUUUACUUGUUUGUUUGUAAAGCACAUGUUUUCCUUUUGAAGAAAUAGGCAAAGACCCAUAAACCCCACCAGUGCAAAGAAGGACAAAGGGAUAUACAUUAGGGGGUGUCGAUAUCUUUGUCUGCUGAAUUGUUCCUCUUGGGUGAAGUACGAAAUUCUAAUUUGUACAAGAUUGAAACUCUGUGUAAUCUGAACUCUCCAGUGGGUAUUUCUUAGCCUGUGUGUGUUACAGGUUGGUCACAGAGCAUGUCCCGCCCCUCAUCACUCGUAAUCAGUGUUGAACUACAGUACAGAACAAAAUAAUGUCUACUUCAAUAAUAUACUAAACAAUUGUGAAUAUCUGUAUUUUUAAUCAUUCUAUAGUAAGACCUUAUUUGUACUAUAGUUAUACAAUGAACUGUUAUUUUGUGUUCUGAGCAGCUAUCAGAUAUGGGCUUGUUAAUGCACCACAUCAAAACUUAGUUGGGAAACUUCACAAGAGAUUUGUGCCUUUGGUCUAAGUCCCACUAGGAUAGAUAGGACAGCACUAAGAUAGACAUUGCCUAUCACAGCCACAUUUUCUCUUUGUGUAUUAUUUGGCUUUCAAUUUAUAUAUAUAUAUAUUAUUUAUUUUAGGCAGAAGAAUUCAGAGCUGUGCUUUUCAUCUUUUCUUCUGUGUGCCUAAUUGCAGCCCUUUAGUGCAUAUCAAUGUCGAGGGGUAGCUAUACUGAGAAAUAUGUCUGGAACAGUUAUGUUAACAUCUGAGCAGUUGUUACAGCUAUAAGAAAAUUUAAAAGGGCUGAACAUGAAGAAUAUUAGGUUAGGAUAGUUUAAACAGAACGUACCUUUGUCCACUGUCAUUUUUAAUUCCCUUAUUUCAGAUAACCCAGCCCUCAUACACCAGUAGGUUUGGAUUGCCUGAAACCCACACAGAGUUUACUCAAGGGAGGCUCAGUUUAUAUUUCAUCUGUCUAUAAAGUCCUGACAUGGGGGCGCAUGGGUCUGGAGUUCUCAAUUCUUCAGUGUUUUUUUUUUCUCUUUGCAAAUUUUCCCAGAUGCAAUGACCACUGACUUUUUAAUCUUAAACAAAUAAAUUAUUAGGUAAUGACA